AUGGAAAAAUCAGACGCAGCUGCGGACAACCCUCCCGCGGUCCUCGUCACUCCUGACCUUGAUGCUUCAUGUCCUUUUGAAGGACCAGAGAAACUCCUUGAGAUAUGGUUCCACCCUGCUCCAUUAAGCGCGGACCCUCAGAGUGGGCUUCGAGCCAUCGAUCGACACGACUGGGAAAACAUGCUCAGCGUUGUCAAAUGCAAGGUUCUCAGUAUGAUCAGCGGCCACGAGAUGGACGCAUAUCUCCUCAGUGAAUCGUCCUUUUUCGUCUUUCCUCAUAAGGUCAUCCUCAAGACCUGCGGCACGACCCUCAACUUGCUCGGUUUGCCACGCAUCCUCGAAAUUGCCGCUGACGGUUGCGGUUACCGCGACGUUUGGCGAUGCUUUUACUCACGAAAGAGUUUCAUGUUUCCCGAGCGCCAGCAUGGCCCCCAUCGCGAAUGGAAAGACGAAAUGGAUUAUUUGGACAAUCUGUUUCCCAAACAUAACGGUGCUGCAUACGCAGUCGGCAAAGUCAACGGCGAUCAUUGGUUGUUGUACUUGACGACUCCUCCCGGUGAUGACCAGUUUAGUAACCCUGACGAGCCUUACAAUCUGCACACAUCUUCCAUUGAGUCAUCCCAGACCCUCGCUUCGCCGAACGAAAAUGAUCCUGUCAUGGUUUCUGUGGAUUUAGACCAAGAUUAUACGAUAGAACUGCUUAUGACGAAACUGGCUGCGCCCGCUCGUCGGCCUUUCUUCUUCCUCGAUGAAGACCUUAAAGAUUUCACACCAGAACAAGACAGUGAGGGAUUCACCGGCGUCGCACAGGCUAAAGGGGCAUUUGUUUCUUCCCAGUUGGGCAUAUCUUCUAUCUUUCCGCAGCACCUCACCAAACUGGAUUCAUAUGCGUUCGAGCCGUGCGGAUAUAGUGCGAACGGCAUUGUCUCCUAUGGCGAGGAAACAUCCAAUGUCGGAUUGGCAACAAACGGAGAAGGAUACUAUACUAUUCACGUCACUCCAGAGGAAGGGUGGAGUUACGCCAGUUUUGAGUGCAACGUCCCUAUCAUGCCCGCGGAUUUCCAUUCUCCCACCGCGAAGAAUUUGGCCAAGGACACCAAAGGCAAUUUCCCCAAUCUAGAGACGCUCAUCCAGCGUGUCGUAGAUAUCUUCCAACCUGGACCCUGA